AUGCAGAUAUCUACGCUGGCUGCCGCCUCUGUUCUGGCUGCCGCCUCAGUCGAGGCCGCUUACCCGACCAUCAACUUGGGCACAUUCGCCUACUCCCACGGCAACCAAUUUGUGGCUUGGAGCCCCUUCACGCCAACUACGACACAGGAGCUCGUCGAAGUCUGUGAUACUGCAGGUGCUAUCCGAGGAACCGCAACUUGGACCGCCAUCCGCGUCGCCAACACCUAUGUCUUCGACCCCAUCUGCCGCAAGCCCUUCAACAUCACUGACGACGCCACCAAUACGACUUAUACCAACCUUGAGCUUGCGUGUGUUGAUGACAAUAUUGACAUUCACCUGGAACCUGAAGUGACCGCCGUGGUCGAUCGAAAUACCAACAAAACCAUCGAGACCUGCAUCCCCAUCCCGAGGGACAGCCCUAUCAGGAACUCAAACUGUGGAGUAAACGCUCUUGCAUUCAAGUACAACUGUAACGCUUAA